AGACGCGACCCGCACCUCAUGGAGAGACAAAUCGAACACAACACCCGACAAUUCAGCCCAAAAGAGACAAAACAAGUAAAUCAGGACAAUCUAUCUAUUACAUCUACGGGAAUUGUGUUCAAAGGACCUGCAUUUACUACACCGUGGUGGUGCGCGCUGUCUUGGGACGCUUGCCUCCUCGUCUAUCUGUCGUUGGACCCGCUCCUCGUCUUCUCGCUGUUGCUUGGCCCACUCGUGCUCCCUUUCUCUCCGUCGGUUGGCACGCUCCUCUUCCUUUUCUCUCCGCCGCUUGACACGCUCCUCUUCUUUUCUUUGCCGUCGCUCAGCCCGCUCUUGCUUCUCUCCUCGUCGCUGCGCCCGCUCCUCAUCCUUCUCGCGACGUCGCUUGACCCGCUCUUCCUCCUCUUCCUUCCGUCGCUUUGUCCUAGCUGUGCCUUCUGCAACCGACAGAGUACCGCCGUCGCUAAUGUAUUCGCGGCGUUGCUCUCUCUUCCGCUUCCGCCUUUGGUUUUCUGAGCGAAGUAGCCUGUUCUCGUCGGAAAGCAGCACGGCGCUGUGCAUGGCCAUCUGACAACCUUUGAUGAGCUGGCCAUCAGCCCUUUGUCCUUGGCCCGAUUGUGCGACUUGUUGGUCGGGUCGUCACAAGAUAUUACUCCCGUGCAAUUCAGUGACUAGGUCAAGCGUGAGACUGGAAUGGUACAUAUAUUGAUCCCUGAAGUAGAAAGGUACUUUACUGUAAUGACUGUCUGUCCAGGAAUUCUUCAUGCCUUACACAUACCUUUCUCCCUCCGCGGUCCCACAAACUGUUUGUGGUUUGUUUGUGGAGCUGUCAGUUCCAAACAUGAACUGCACAGUUCCAAUGUCUUGGCACGUUGUUCUCGCGGGGUUUCUGCCCCUCUGCCUGUCUCGCUGCGACCUGUU